CGCGUGCACGGCGCCGUGCGCGCUCCCCCGCCUCGAGACGCCACCUGAGCCCAGGCCAUGGGCAGCCUGUGGCGCCUGUUAACGGGCAGUUGUCGCUUCCUCCUGGUCGCACCUCGCCUCCUGCCACCCCCGGGCCCGCCUUGCUACCCCCUCGCCCCCCGGGCACAGCUGCAGGUCCGGAGGGGGCCCCAGGGCCCGCGGAAAUGGGGCAAAAACCGUCAGGACUACCCGAGGGAAUGUGAGGAAGGCAUCAACAGACAGAUCAACCAGGAGCUCACCGCCUUCUAUGUCUACCUGUCCAUGUCAUACUACUUUGACCGGGAAGAUGUUGCUUUGCGGAACUUUGCCAAGUUCUACUUUGAGCAGGCACUUGAGGAACAGAAACAUGCAAAGUUGCUGAUGGAUUUUCAGAAUCAACGUGGAGGCCGCAUCAUCUUCUGGGACAUCAAGAAACCCAGCCGGGAUGAGUGGGGAAAUGGCUUAGAAGCUAUGGAACAGGCCCUGGAGCUGGAGAAAACAGUGAACAAAUCUAUCCUGGCUCUACACAAAGUGGCAUCCGAGCACAACGAUCUUGUUCUAUGUGAGUUCCUGGAAUCUAACUACUUGAAUGAGCAAAUUGAGGCCAUUAGGAUGUUUGGAGAUCACAUCACCAACCUGAAGCGGUUGGGAGCUCCUGAGAAUGGCAUGGGAGAGUACCUGUUCGACAAGCACACCCUGGGGGAAGGUAGCUAACAGUCAAGGACACCUGGCCAUCGUAUGUCAAUAGAGCACAGCCUCAUGUUCUGCCAAGUUAUCACCCUGACCAGCCAGAUGGGAAUCUAUAGCAAAAUUGAACAGUAGAUCGUGUUGUCCCAUAUGUUACAUUAUAGCACUGUUAUUGCUGGAAUAAAUGGACUGUGGCAUUAAAGUGAAUCCAUUUUGGCAACAGUAAUCCAUUCGAUAAGUACUUCCAGAAAGAAUACACUUAGCAAUCUGUUCCCAAAUAAAAGUGGUUAAGUGUUUACUGUUUUGCCUUUCGCUGUUUCUUGGAUCCACAAGGAAAGAUUGGGGCUCAUUUUAAAAUUGAGGAAACUUGCACUGGGUCAGUGUAUGAAUAUGGAGGAACUCCUGUGCUUGGCUGGGUAACCUGUCAGAUGCCUCCUCCAUUUCUCCCUGUGUAACUUGCCCUAGUGACAAACCUUGAUGACUUGCUGGUCUUUUCCUGCCUGUUGUUUCCUUAAUAGCAAUCAGUCUCAGGAACCAACUUCUUUCGAGCCUAAUUUACAUGAACCUGGACCCACCUUGUGUAGUGUUGCAGUUGUGACAAUAUAAUCAUCCAGACCCAUGGUUAAACUGGAAUCCUUUCUGACCUAUGUGCUCCAGUCCCACACAAAAUCUUAAGAAACAAAAUCUGCAAGGGCACCUCAAAGAACUUACCUUUAUGGGUGAGCCUUUCACAGCCAAUGAAGUCUUUUUGAAGUGGUGUCACACAUCUGGAGGGAAGCCAGUGUGUACAGCAGAAAAGACACGAUGGCCAAAUGUUGUUGGUGGAGGAUGAAUGUUUGCCAAACAGGCUGAACAUCAAAUACAAAACACAGCAGGUCAACCUGUGCAGCACUCCUUCACUACCAUCCUGGCAAUGCCAGAUGAGGUUGUGUUCAAAAUCUCAGGAUUGGGGCUUGAACCAGCAGAUGGAGGUCACAGUUUGGAAAAGUUACACAAGGUUCAUAUUGAACAAAGAUGGUAAGCAAGCUGGAGGAAUAUAGCGACACUGGUAUUUGUACUUCCAAGAGUUUAAUUAUUUUAAAGGGCUAGUUUUAUAGAUGCUAAUCUAAUGGAUCUACUAACAUUUGGACAUCAUUCUGUACGAAGUCUAUUACAAGCCUGGUUUUCUUUGCUAAAUAUAUGGCUUGCUACCACUCCCCACUGGAAGAUCUUCAUGAGCAGAGGCAGUUGACUGAUGGCAAGAGGACUGUGU